AUGCAUGUUCGAAGCAACAUUGAUCAACGACAUUCAUACCAGUUCCAAGAAUAUGGUGAGAGUCAACAUAUUUCAUUCACAUUCACAUCUAAUAAACUUGGUCAAUUCAACGGCACUAUCAUUGUUACUACUACAGGCAAAGGUUCACAGAUCUCAUGGAAUUUCCCUCUUAUUGGAAUUACUACACAGAACUCAGAGAAUUCUACACUAGAACUUCAUGGUAAAGCGAACCAAGUCAUUCGUAAGACUAUUGAUCUUCCUCUUGCAGGUGAAACAAACGAACUGAAAGCGAGUGAUUACCAGAUUUCUAUUGAUUACACUAAUGGCAAUGACUGGAUUUCUAAGUAA